AAGUCUGUUUAUUGUAUUAUCAAUCUAUCAAUGCCGGAGCGAAAGUAAUUUGUUUACAUCAGAUACAUUAUCCUGUUUGGUUUAUAUGUUUUUUUUCUCUAGCAAUGAAUUCUUUCAUUCUAGUUUUAUGUUUAAUAUUUUUCAGUGUUAAUAUAAGAAAGAGUGUCGGUGAAAUAGAUCUAAAUGGCUAUGUUCUCUAUUGUCCUUGUAUGGGCCGCUUUGGAAACCAGGCUGAUCAUUUUCUAGGAUCUUUGGCUUUUGCUCAUGCAUUGAAUAGAACACUUGUUCUUCCUCCGUGGGUUGAAUAUAGGACUGGUCAUUCUAGAUCGGUGCAAGUUCCAUUUGACACAUACUUUAAAGUGGAACCUCUUAAAAGCUAUAAUAAUGUUAUGACCAUGGAAGAGUUUUUCAAGAAGUUAGCUCCAACAAUUUGGCCAAAAGGAAAAAGAAAAGUUUUCUGUUAUUCUGCUCGUGGGGAUUCUGAUGGAUGCAAUGCAAAAGAUGGCAAUCCUUUUGGACCAUUUUGGGACACAUUUGAUGUUGACUUUGAUGAAUCUGUAUUUUAUCAGCCUUUACAUUAUGAUGUACAUUUUCAUAAUGUUGCCCAAAAGUGGAAUGAGAAAUUUCCUCCUGAUCAAUAUCCAGUUUUGGCUUUCACGGGAGCUCCUGCCAUAUUCCCUGUUCAAGAAGAGAACAGAGAACUUCAAAAGUAUUUGAUCUGGAGUGAUUUAAUUCUUAGAGAGGCAAAAAGUUUCAUCCAGUCUAUGGAACCUAAAGGACCUUUUAUUGGCAUUCAUCUGAGAAAUGGACCUGAUUGGGUAAGAGCUUGUGAGCAUAUUGAACACAGCCCACUUUUGUUUGCUGCUCCUCAGUGCCUGGGAUACAGAAAUGAGCUUGGGAAAGCUACUCCCGAGUUAUGUUUUCCAACUAAAGACAUAAUUUUGCAACAAUUAAAAAAAGUUGUUAAGGCUCAGAAAGCUCGAUCUGUAUUUGUUGCUUCUGAUAGUGAUCACAUGAUAAAGGAUAUUGAGAAAGCUCUGAAAGUGACAGCUUAUAAACUUCCAGAAUCCAAGCCACAUGUUGAUUUAGCUAUACUUGGACUCUCAAAUCAUUUCAUUGGAAACUGCAUAUCUUCAUUUUCUGCUUUUGUAAAAAGAGAAAGAGAUGUUGAGAAACUGCCAUCUUCUUUUUGGGCUUUUCCUCUUCGACAACAAAAGGAAAAAAAUUCAGAUGAGGCUUCUGCGCAUGACGAAUUUUAAGUUUGGGUCAUUUAAAACUUAAUUUUGUUGAUGAUUUUUCAAAUUGCAAAUUUUUAUCACUUUAUAAGAGAUUUAGAUUAAUUAAAUGUAAUUUCAUUAAUGAUUUUUUUUUAAAAAAAGAAAUUCCUUAUAAGUAAUAAUCUAGUUUUUUAGUAUUUUUGUUGCAUAUUUUGGAUAAAUUUGUAUUUUUAUUGCAUAUUUAAGCUGGCAUGAAUUGGUGAUUUUAUACUUCCAUACAACUGAAUAAUAUGGUUUUUCACCACAUUAUUCAAGAGAAAUAAAUGUACUGUUUUAAGAUGAAAAUUCCUGAUAAGCAUGUCUCUCAGGUGUCACUAUUUCAGGUUGACACAGUUCUCACAACCCUGAAAUAACCUAAUGAUUUUCUUUCAUUUAAGUUAGACUUAGUUUUUAAAGAUGUUUCAAUUGUCCUAAAGUUUACUUAUCCAUUAAAUUCUAAAUUUUAUCAAUCAAUUGUAGGGCAAAAUUAAGAAAUUUUGCUAUUGGUCAAUGACCAGUUGUCCCAUUUUUAACAAUGACUGCUUUUUACUUGAAUAAAAAAUA